CAGCAUUGCCCGUCUCUCAGUGCCUGUAUGCCUCCUGGGCCCAUGAAGGAACUCAAAAAUGGUGCCCCGGCGCUCGACUCUGAAGUGAAAGCGACAUCCGAGACUGCAAAUUCCGCAUUGAAAAAAGAGACUGCAACCCACUUGGAGAAUAUUGUCCGAGCACAAGCAGAUGCCGUCAACAGCCGUCAAAUUCUAGUGGACGAUUCAGCCUUCACUUCGCAUUGCACAGCAGAUUUCGUGCAUCUCGCCACUCCGCCCUGGCUGUGCGAGAGUUCGACCUUGCAAGAGACGCUCGAUCGUCUCAAGAGGACAUUCGUGGAAGAUCCGGAGUACAGAAUGGUCAUUACUGAUCUCAAUACGGAAAUUAUUGGUGGUCAUUGGGCACGCGUAUUUCUCAGUUUCGAGGCUCACGGCCAUCCACCAGGAAUGAUUCGACCAUUCAUGGCGAUCCAUCGUUUCCGGAAGGAUGAUGGGCAGUGGAAAUUGUAUGCCAUUGAGUCGACCACCGGAGUACUCUGAGGCAGGGGGAGCUCAAGGGACCUCUUCUAUAUCCGCAGACUUUGACAGCACCCACCAAUUUCCACUAAUAAGUGUUAUAUUCCCGAGCUUCGAGCUUUAUCGGUAUAACUACUCAUCCCCCAUGGGCAAAGAGUCGUUCUGCUCAUUUUCGUAUAUUCGUAUACUUCAGAGGCACGUUCGCAUAGCGAGCCCAUCAUUCCAUGCCCUACGUGGAAGUCACCACCAUUCUUGAUGACUGAUGCUUCUGGGACUCCGGUCAGGAGAAAUGGAUAGGGCAUGUCUGCUUGGAAUUACUUGCUCUCCGAGGCAUCGGUCUCUCACGUCGCAAUGGCCAGGUGAAAAAUUUUCAGUGAGAGUUGCUGUGAACGACCCCGAGACAUACCAAACAGU